AUGGCCAGCAAAAAGCGAGAAGCCCAGCUGCAGACAGUUGUCAACACUCAAGGCCUGUGGGAUGAGAUGUUGCAGAACAAAGGCUUAACAGUGAUUGAUGUUUACCAAGCCUGGUGUGGACCUUGCAAAGCAAUGCAGCCUUUAUUUAGAAAAUUGAAAAAUGAACUGAAUGAAGAUGAAAUUCUGCAUUUUGUUGUGGCAGAAGCUGACAACAUUGUGACUUUGCAGUCAUUUAGAGAUAAAUGCGAACCUGUUUUUCUCUUUAGUCUUAAUGGCCAAAUUAUUGAAAAGAUCCAGGGUGCAAAUGCACCCCUUGUUAAUAAAAAAGUUAUUAGCUUGGUCAAGGAAGAGAGAAAAAUUAUGGAAGGUGAAAUGGUUCGUCCUCAGUAUAGUGAAAUUCCACUCAUAGAUGUAUCUUCAGAAGAUACUGGAGAAGGAAAUUAUGAAAAUACUGUGGAAUCUUAUAGUAUUGCUAUUAUCAAAGCUGAUGCUGUGAACAGGAGAAAAGGCCCAGAAAUUAAAAAAAAGAUUACCAGUGCAGGAUUUGUCAUAGAAGCAGAGGAUAGAAGGAUGCUCACUGAAGAGCAAGUGAGAGACUUCUACAGUUCAAUGGAAGACCAGCUUGACUUUGAAGAAUUUGUGUCUACUAUGACAACUGGCCUUAGCUAUGUGCUAGUUAUAUCUAAAGGGAAAGAACGGCAGGAUUCCUUUGAGGAAACUGAAUAUCAGCCUGAGAUGGAGCCUAAAGAAGCUUCUGAGUAUGAAGAUAUGACCAAAGCUGAGUUUACACCUGAAGUGAGGAUGAAACGGGUCAGUUUGCGAGAAUAUCUGGAGCAGCAAGAAAUAUCUCAGUUUUGCAACGUGGAAGAGAAUUCAGCUAAUGUUACCAAGUUCAUGAAUAUCUUUUUCCCUGAUUUUAAAAUAAUGAAAAGUCUGAAGCUGGAAAGGACACUGGCAUUACUGCGGCCAGAUCUCUUGCAGGAAAGGAAGGAUGAUAUUUUGAAAAUAAUUAAAGAUGAAGGAUUUAAAAUACUGAUGCAGAGAGAAAUAGUAUUAUCAGAAGACCAAGCAAAAACAGUAUGCAAGGAAUUUGAAAAUGAAGACUAUUUUGAGAAACUUAUACAAAAUAUGACCAGUGGUCCAUCUCUUGCCCUUGUUUUAUUGAGAGAGAAUGGUUUGAAAUACUGGAAAGAGUUACUGGGGCCAAAAACUAUUGAAGAAUCCAUUGAACAUUUUCCAGACAGUUUAUGUGCACAGUUUGCAAAGGAAAGUUUGCCUGUCAGCCAGUUAUAUGGAAGUGAUUCAACAGAGAUUGCUGAAAGGGAUAUAGAGCUUUUCUUUCCUCCUCAGAACACUUUAGCAAUAAUUAAGCCUCAUGUAACACUCGAACAAAGAGAGGAGAUCAUGAAACUCAUUAAGGAUGGGGGAUUCAAAGUAAGCAUGAUGAAGGAGAUGCUCCUAACUCCAGAGGAAGCAAACAAAAUUUAUUUUAAAAUAUCAGCAAAAGAGUUUUAUAAAGACAUAUUGGAAGUAUUAUCUGAGGGCCCCUCUCUGGUCAUGGUGCUGACCAAGUGGAAUGCUGUUGCAGAGUGGAGACUAAUGAUGGGCCCAGUAGACCCAGAAGAAGCAAAAGUACUGUUGCCAGACUCCAUUCGAGCCAAAUUUGGAAAAAAUAUUUUGAAAAAUGCUAUUCAUGGAGCAUCUAAUAUCCAAGAUGCAAUAGAGAGCAUUGAUAAAGUAUUUGAAGCAGAUGUUCCUGAGAAUCCAGAGUACAAUGAGAGUAUGUAA